UCUGCUAUAAAAUUCCACCCUCUCGAUAUUCGUUGCAUCAUACCCCACACGCUCAACAAUAUCUUUCCCUUUCUCUCCCCCCUCUUUGAAUUUCCAAAUCUAAAGCCAUGUCUCAGACUGUUGUUCUCAAGGUCGGCAUGUCAUGUGAAGGCUGCGUUGGAGCCGUGAAGAGAGUUCUGGGGAAUAUGCAAGGUGUGGAAUCAUAUGAAGUAGAUUUGAAGGAGCAGAAAGUGACCGUGAAGGGCAACGUCCAGCCUGAUGCGGUUUUGCAAACUGUGUCGAAGACCGGAAAGAAGACCACAUUCUGGGAAGCUCCGGCCGAAGCAGUUUCCGCGGCUUAAAAUGUCCACAGUUGCUUUUACUUGAUCUAUAUGCUUAUAGCAUUUUAGAACUGGCAUGUGAUUUGUUGAAUGUAUAUAUGAUAAGCUCUUGGGUGCUUGUGAUGGU